AUGCGUCCCACAUUGUUCAUCCCAUCUCAUCUGCAGAUGUUCUCAACUACCACUUCGACUUCGAGGUAUGUCUUCGCUAAAUCUCCUCACUUUAUACGAUUCUUUCGAUCUACCUUCCUUCUUUCACACCCUUCCUUUCUCAGUCUGCGAUUUUGCUUCCAUUCUAAUUCCCCAAACCCGAUUAGCCUCCGAGAUUCCGUAGCGUUGUUCAAUCGCUUGCUCUCCAUGAGUCCGCCGCCCUCCAUUGUCGAAAUUAAUAAGAUUUUAGGAUCACUUGCAAAGACCAAACACUGCACCACUGCUAUCUCACUUUAUGCCCAGGCGGAAUUGAAAGGAUUCAAACCAUCUUUAGUUACACUGAACAUUUUGAUCAAUUGCUACUGUCACAUGUGUGACGUGACUUCUGCUUUUUCUUUACUGGGGAAGAUUUUCAAGUGGGGAUGUCAACCGGAUACGGUAACAGUUAAUACGUUGAUGAAAGGACUCUGCAUGAAAGAUGUAGGGCAAGCCCUAGACUUUCACGAUGACUUGUUGGCAAAACGAUUUUGCUUAAGCCCAGUUACUUAUGGUACCUUAGUUAAUGGGCUUUGCAAAACUGGACAAACAAGAUGUGCUGUUAAGUUGCUCCAAAUGAUGGGGGGACGGAAAGUUAAAACUGUGCCCGAUGUGGUUAUAUACAACGCAAUCAUUGAUGGCCUUUGUAAAGAAGGGCUAGUAAGUGAGGCAUCUAAGUUGUGUUCUGAAAUGAUCAGGCGAGGAAUAUCUCCUGACAUUGUUACCUACACCACUUUAAUCCAUGGUUUCUCUAACGCCAACCAAUUGCAAGAAGCCAUUAGGUUGCUAAAUGAAAUAGUCAUGAAAGACAUCACUCCUCCUCCUCAUAUCUUUAAUAUACUAAUUGAUGCAUUUUGCAAAAAAAGAAGGAUCAUAGAAGCUCAAUCUGUAUUUGCUGAGAUGAUGAAAUGUUGUGUAAAACCUGGUGUUAUUACCUUUACUUCUUUGAUGAAUGGUUACUGUAUGAGGAAUGAUGUUAAUGAGUCCAUAGCAGUGUUCAAUAAGAUGAUCAGAGCUGAUUUGACACCUACUGUUUGGAAUUACAAUAUAUUGAUCAAUACACACUGUAAAUUAAAAAGGAUGGAUGAAGCCCUAGAUUUGUUUAAGGAAAUGCGCUGCAAGAAUUUAAUGCCUGAUACAGUCACUUACAACUCUCUUAUUGAUGGCUUGUGCGAAGCUAAGAGAAUGUCACAUGUGAAAGAUCUUGUUUAUGAGAUGCGUUGUAAUGGUCACGCUCCUAAUAUAAUAACCUGCAAUAUCUUGUUGGAUGCAUUUUGCAAAACAAAACUUCUUGAUGAGGCGAUUGCAUUAUAUCAGCAAAUUGUCAGUCAAGGAAUGAAACCUACCGUACAUACAUAUAGUAUACUAAUCGAUGGUUUGUGCAAAGGCGGUAGGUUGCACUUGGCACGUGAGAUCUUUGAAUUGCUUCUGACUGAAGGUCAUCAUGUAGAUGUCUAUACUUACAGCAUUAUGAUGAAUGGACUUUGCAAAGAAGGCCUUUUCGAUGAUGCAUUGACAUUGCUUUCAAAAAUGAAAGAGAAUGGCUGCCUCGCUGAUCUGGUGACAUUUAGAACACUUGUUGGAGGUCUUUUGAUGAAAAAAGAGAAUGAUAAAGCAGAGUUGAUUAUUCAUGAAAUGAUAGAUGCAGGAUCACUUGCAAAGACCAAACACUGCACCACUGCUAUCUUAUUUUCUGCGCAGGCGGAAUUGAAAGGAUUCAUACCAUCUUUAGUUACACUGAACAUUUUGAUCAAUUGCUACUGUCUUGUGGGUGACGUCACUUCUGCUUUCUCUUCACUGGGGAAGAUCUUCAAGUGGGGAUAUCAACCGGAUACCGUAACAGUUAGUACGUUGUUGAAAGGACUCUGCAUGAAAGAUGUUGGGCAAGCACUCGACUUUCACGAUGACUUGUUGGCAAAGGGAUUUUGCUUAAGCCCAGUUACUUAUGUUACCUUAGUUAAUGGGCUUUGCAAAACUGGACAAACAAGAUGUGCUGUUAAGUUGCUCCAAAUGAUGGGGGGACGGAAAAUUAAAACUUUGCCGAAUGUCGUUAUAUACAGCGCAGUCAUUGAUGGCCUUUGUAAAGAAGGGCUAGUAAGUGAGGCAUCUAAGUUGUGUUCUGAAAUGAUCAGGCGUGGAAUAUCUCCUGAUAUUGUUAUCUACAACAAUUUAAUCUGUGGUUUCUCUAACACCAACCAAUUGCAAGAAGCCAUUAGGUUGCUAAAUGAAAUAGUCAUGAAAGAUAUCAGUCCAACUCAUCAUACCUUUAAUAUAUUUAUUGAUGCAUUUUGCAAAAGAGGGAGGACCAUAGAAGCUCAGUCUGUCGUUGCUAAGAUGAUAAAAUGUUGUGUUAAACCUGAUGUUGUUAGCUUCAAUUCUUUGAUGAAUGGCUACUGCAUGAGGAAUGAUGUUAACGAAUCCGUAGCCGUGUUCAAUAAGAUGAUCAGAGCUGAUUUGACACCUACUGUUUGGAGUUACAAUAUAUUGAUCAAUGCACACUGUAAAUUAAGAAGGAUGGAUGAGGCCCUAGAUCUGUUUAAUGAAAUGCGCUUCAAAAAUUUGCUGCCUGAUACAGUCACUUACAGCUCUCUUAUUGAUGGCUUGUGCAAAGCUAAGAGAAUGUCGCAUGUGAAAGAUCUUGUUUAUGAGAUGCGUUGCAAUGGUCACGCUCCUAAUAUAAUAACCUGCAAUAUCUUGUUGGAUGCAUUUUGCAAAACGAAACUUCUUGAUGAGGCGAUUGCAUUAUAUCAGCAAAUUGUCAGUCAAGGAAUGCAACCUACUGUACAUACAUAUAGUAUACUAAUCCAUGGUUUGUGUAAGGGAGGCAGGCUAAAUAUUGCGCGAGAGAUCUUUGAAUUCCUUUUGACCAGUGGCCAUCAUCUAAAUGUCUACACUUACAACAUCAUGUUGAAUGGACUUUGCAAAGAAAGCUUGUUCGGUGAGGCGUUGACAUUGCUUUCAAAAAUGGAAGAGAACGGCUGUCUCCCAGAUACUGUGACAUUUGAAACACUUAUAGCAGGUCUUCUGAGGAAAAAUGAGAAUGACAGAGCAACGUUUUUUCUUCAUAAAAUGUUUGAUAGAGGUCUUAUGCCACGGCAAAACAAGUUCAAGGCUCUAUUUUGAUCGAAUAAUAUGCUUUGUACUAAUGAUGAUACUUGCCUGAGGUUUUUAGAGAUUGCUUGCUUCUUUGUUUGAAUUUUGAGCAAUGGUUUUCAGAUGCAAUGUUAACUAUAAUAAAUGGUAUUUUUAAUUAUUAUAGGUUAUUAAUAACCUCAUUUUCAUUGUGUUCCAAGUAUGAGGUGCUGCUGUAAAGUUUUUCUUCUUAUUAGUUCUGUCGUGUGCGCGCGUGUUCAUUUGAGAACCAUGCAUUCUGUAUGCAACUUCUUUCCUCUAUGAAUGCUAAUAUUGUCUC